UACCACUUAACUCUUUUACUGAACACCAUCAUUAGAAACAGUAAUUAAAGACUUUACACUCUUGUGAAGCAUGCUUUUUAGUGUGUCUGAUGGAGUUGACACAAAUCAGAGUAGAUAUAAGUUAUGAAGUGAAUAAAUGUCAAUGUUCAGAAAAAGCGUUUUUUAUAAAAACCUGUUCCCUUACAUGGUUCAUUUGCUGAGACCUUUGUCUACAAAUAUCCAUUUCAAAUGAAUAUUGUAUUUAAAAAAAAUUAUUAUGCAGGUCAACUGUGCAAUUAUAUGGGGCCUUAUUGUGCACUUUUUAAUGCACAACACAUUCUCAACUGGAGACAGUUUAGGACUGCAGUCAGGCCAGUCUAGCACCAGCACUCUCUACGCAGCCAUACACUUGUAAUCUGGGCAGGAUGUAAAUCCGGUCAGUAUAUAUAAAACAUCAAAUAAUGUGUUGUAGUGCUUUCCAUAUAGCACAGGGUGAAUAGAAUUUACAAAUCAAUUAUUUUUGUUUUUAUUUGCAUUUUCCAUACUGUCCCCACUUUUCAGAAUUGUGGUUGUAAAUGAAUGCAUUUUAACUCUACAUUCCACUAGAGAGAGAAAAAAAAAGCUUGGUGUAAAUUUUCUGUUGGAGCGAUCAAAGUGACUAACACACACACACACACAAACACACACAAAAAAUCACUUUUUCACAUAACACGCUGGCCUCUUCAUUUCAGCCUCUGCAUAUAAUCCUGCCACUUUACAUGUUACAUGCUUGGAAUAUAAUGUUUAAAUUCAUGGGAAUACUUGAGUCUGCAUCAUAUUUACAUGUUUUCCUGUUGAAUUAUUCACAGAUGAGUGGCAGAGAUUUCCGUGCUUUCAUCACGAGCCGCUGCUCUGAAGAAACAGAAAAGUUGACUUGGAGAACACAAGUGGAUCUGGGCAGCUCAAAGUGUAAACUGACCCAAUAUGAGCAACUGCAGGCCAUGCUGGAGGCCAAACGUCUCUCUUCUCAGCGAAGUGAACAGAAGGUGCAGCAGGUGUUGUGUGCUGCUCAGGUGAUGAAGGAGAAGAGUGUUCUGAGACAGCACAAACAGGUGUGGAUCCAAGAGCAUCAUAGACUCAACACAGCCAGAUAUAAAGCUGAGGAAGACUUUCAAAGUUUUCUUCGUGAAGUUGGGUUUGAACAUGGAGCAGACACAGGUGUCCCAUCUGAGCUGCUGGAAGAUGAGUUGAAUUUAGAACAGGAGCGUGAGGCGUUUCGAUUGGCUACAGUGGAACCUGUUCAUCAGCUGAGAGAUGAUCUACAGUACAGACUGACAUCACACUGCACAACAGCCAAUCAUAGCAGUGAGCUGCAGGAUGUCCUACAACAGGUUGUGUCUGUGAGACAGCAGCAGGAGGAGGUGAUGCUCAGACUGCAGUGUGAAUGUGUCGCUCUACAGCAGGAGAUCUCCGGUACUCAACUCAAGGAGCGGCUGCUUUCUGCUGUGAUGGGAGAUCCUGUAUCAGAUCUGGAGAAGAUUCCAAAAGAGAUCAUCACAGCAGACUGUCCGUAUCCUGACCUCAGAUCAGAUCUGAUCAACAGCUUCAUCUCUCUCACUGACAAAUAUAAACACAGACUACAGACAGUGCAGGACAGACUGCAGGGCAUGGACAGGAAUUGUGGCUGGAAUGAGGUGGAUCACGAGUUUUUCAAGCACAUAGUGAGUCAGUAUUCUCCAGCCCUUAGGAACCAGCACGCGCUCUGCACAAACAUGCUCCAGAGAGCGCUGCCACAUAUAAGCCCUCAGGAACUGGCUGCACAUGAGCGCUGCAAUGACUGGUAUCAUUUCAGCGUGGCUCAGAGGCAUCUUAUACUGCAGGGCUGGCAGCGGGACCAUUCUGAGCUGCUCCUGAGGGCCUUGAGCGUGCUGGACGAGUCCAGAAUCAAUCAUCUACAGCAGCAGGAGCUUCAGAAGCAGCGCUUACACCAGCACAAUAUCUGCCUGCAGCUUAGAGAGAAGCUGCAGAAGUGGCGCAAUCAGCAGGAUGAGGCUGUGGAGUUGGAGGCUGCUCUCGCUGCACGCCACUACAGAGAAGAAGAAGAAAGACUGAAGAAACAACAGCACAUAGAGAAGAGUAGAAGAGCUCGACUGACACAACAGGUGAAUAAGUUUCAUGAAGAGCAGCAGAGGAGAAGAGAGGAGCAGAGAAUGAGAGACAUGGAGAGACUUGCUGAACUGAGGAAAGAGAUGGAAGAACAGAUGAAGAGAGAUAAAGAGAAGGUGAAGUUCAGAGAAGAACUGUUACAGCAGAAAAUACAGCAGCGAGAGGCUAAAGAAAAGCAAAAAAAGAAGGAGGAGGAUGAGAGAGAGGAGAGACUACAGGCCUUACGCAACCAGGUCUGUAAAGUAGCUGAGGCCGACCCAGAGAGGAUGAUGGGAGAGACAGCAGCGUGGAGAGUACGACAACACUCUGAUGAAGUGUUUCCACUGCAAAGACCACUGUACCAGCUAAACACAUACACUGAUACACAGAUUGUGUCUGAUCCAAGAUUGCGUGUUGAACAGGCUCUCAGAAGCGCAGGUCUGCACGACACUGUCUACGCCAGACACAUCCUGUCUGAGAUCCAACCUCUAAAACCACCCAGACGAGACAUGGAGUCCACCGUCUUCAGAUCCUAACCACAUCACCUUAUUAAAUAUUCACGAGCAUUUAUUAUACAUAAUCAUAGUUAUAUAAGCAUGUUCAGAGACAGUGAGGAAAGCACUCUAUCCACAUUAAAAUGCACAAUUCAUUUUGACACUAAGUAACUUGAAUCCAACAGGAAUUGUGUAAAAAUGUUGAAUUAAAGGAAUCAUAUCAUACUAAUGUUUUUUCUCCCUGAGGCUUAUAAUGUUAGUCAUUUUUGCAGCAAAACAUAAUAUAAUUUUUCAUGACCAUUGUCUACCCUUUCUCUGACUCUUAGAAAUUUUGGCUGCUGUACCUUUAAGACUUCUAUGUAAACAGCCUCUUUGCAUGUGAAAUGCAUAAGCUAUUUUAUCUCAAAAGAUCAAGAAAAAUCUGAAUAUAAAACAUCCAUAAUGGGUGAGGAAAUAGAAAGAGCUGAUCAUUUGGCAUCUCAUCGUCCUAUAGUUAAAGUUAAACAAAGAUGCCAGAGAUUUUGCCAUGAAUAUUAUAAGCAGUCUAACGAGUCUGUCAAUGUUUUACAUUGGACUGUUUUAUUUUUACUCAAAUCAGUAAAUCAGUAAUAAAACAAUGAAAA